UCUUGUCAGUUUCCUAAUUAUUGCCUUUUUUUAUAUGUUUUACACGAAUUUUUUAAGUCAGUGUAUAGUAAAUAGGUACAGUGUAUGUCAGUUUACGAUGUGAGGGUGGAAAUUAGUUAAUAUUCAAUUGGUCAGCAUAUAUACGCAAGCAGUGAUUAACGUGAAAUAGGACCAAUAUUGAAAAGGAAUACAGGUGCGUAUCGACAGUGCUAUACCAGGGGGGAAUGUGCCAUUUAGAUGUUAGUCGCAAAUCAUCAUAUGGUGGAACGCUGCAACGGUGGUAUUAAGUGUGCAGUGAUCACGGGAGACCGAGAGAAGACGGGAAAGAGGGUGGUCAAUAUGACUCCUAUCUUCCUCGUCCUGUUGGUGGCUAUCGACCCGAUUAUCGCGCAGAAUGGUGGAAACAUCAGCGACUCGCAGUACAUCACAUACAUGACAAGUCCACCGACGAUCCUGGUGAGGCCACAAUCGCAGCAGGUGAAGGCAGGCGGGAUAGCGAGCUUCUACUGCACGGCGGAGGGAGCGCCACCGCCUCAGAUUCACUGGCGGAAAAACGGAAAGAGAGUUUCCCAAUCUCAGUCGCGGUAUCUGGUACACAACUACGAAAACGGAGCUUUACUGCGGAUCGAACCAGUGAGGCCUGUCCGAGACAACACGAUGUACGAGUGCCUAGCCGAGAAUGGAGUCGGCGACGCGGUGUCAGCGGAGGCGCAGCUCAGAGUCUACGAAGCCGAGAAAUUGCCGAACGGUUUCCCGUUAAUAUCUCAAGCGCCAACGACCAAGGUGGUCGAGAUGGGCCAUAACGCGGUGCUCCUGUGCACGGCCGUCGGUUCACCGCCUCCGAUCAUAUCUUGGGUGAGAGAUAUGCUGCCCAUCGACACCACCAAUCCACGCUACACCGUUUUGGACACGGGGGCGUUGCAAAUCACCGGAUCCGACGUGAACGAUCAAGGAAAGUACGAGUGCGUGGCGAACAAUUCGGUGGGCACCGAGUAUUCGAAAUCCGCCAUGCUGUACGUGAAAGUUCGACGCGUCGCGCCCACUUUCUCCAUACCGCCGCCCGCUGUCAGCGAAGUGAUGCUCGGCGCCUCUUUGAACCUGACCUGCGUCGCCGUCGGAUCCCCGAUGCCGUACGUGAAAUGGAAGAAAGGCCCGUCCUUGGAUCUCACUCCGGAGGACAACCUACCAGUUGGUAGAAACGUGCUGAUGCUCACGGACAUCAAGGAGACCGCCAACUAUACUUGCACCGCAGCCAGCGAUCUCGGCGUCAUAGAGGUUACGUCGAUGGUGAAAGUUCAAUCUCUGCCUGGGCCUGCGGAGAACGUUCAAGUGUCGGACAUCACGGCAACAUCCGUGAAGCUGACCUGGUCUUACAAAGAUCCGGACGAGGUCCAAUACUACGUGAUACAGCACAAGCCGAAGCACGUGAAUCAAGCGUUCGCCGAGAUAUCGGGCAUCACCACCAUGUACUACCACGUGCGGAGCCUCAGCCCUUACACCGAAUACGAACUUUACGUGAUAGUCGUGAACGCGAUUGGGCGUGGUCCCCCGAGUGCCCCUGUGACGGUCACCACUGGAGAAACGACGGAAUCGACAAAUGGAGGUGCCAAACCGGGUACCGCACCGCGGAAGGUUCAGGCCCGGCCAUUGAGCUCGAGCACGAUGGUCAUACAAUGGGUCGAGCCAGAGACACCGAACGGACAAGUGACGGGUUACAAGAUAUAUUACACGACGGAUCCGAAUCAACCGAUGGCCUCCUGGAAGUACCAGAUGGUGGACAACAAUCAACUGACCACCAUCUCGGAUCUCGACACCCACACCAUAUACACGAUACGAGUGCAGGCGUUGACCAGCGUCGGUCCCGGUCCAUUGAGCACACCUGUCCAGAUUAAGACGCAACAAGGGGUACCGAGCCAACCGGAGAUGUUGACCGCGAUAGAUAUCGGGGAGACCACGGUAACCCUCCAGUGGAAUAAACCUAUUCAUAGCGCGGAAAAUAUUCUCAGCUAUGAAUUGUAUUGGAACGAUACUUACGCUCAGGAGAAGCACCAUCGCAGGAUACCGGUUACCGAGAACUACACGUUGACGGGCCUCUAUCCGAACACCCUGUAUUACGUUUGGCUGGCCGCCCGGAGUCAACGGGGAGAAGGAGCUACGACGAUACCGUAUCCGGUUCGCACGAAGCAGUACGGAUCGACUCUCCCCGGGGCUCCGCCUCGCAAUGUAAGCGGAGAAGCGGUCAGCCCGACCUCCAUACGGGUAACAUGGGAACCACCGCCUGCCGAUCGAUCGAACGGAAGGAUCGCGUACUACAAGCUGCAAGUGGUCGAGAGCGGACGCUCCGACUCGGAGGCGAAAGUUAUCAAACUGAAUGACACGCAAUUCGUGUUGGACGAACUGAAAAAGUGGACCGAGUAUCGGAUUUGGGUAUUGGCCGGGACCAGCGUAGGUGACGGACCUCCGAGUUAUCCUAUCUCUGUCAGAACUCACGAGGACGCUGUAAAAAUGCCGGGUGAUCCUCAAGACGUGAAAGUGACGCCGAUCAAUUCGACGGCGAUACACGUCGAAUGGAAACCGCCAAAGUCGAAAGAGCAAAACGGCGUGAUCAGAGGUUAUCACAUACACGUGCAAGAAGUGAGGGAAGAGGGGAAGGAUCUGUUGAACGAGCCGAUACGACGCGACGUGCACGAAGGCGUGCUGGAAGUGAACAUUACAGGGUUGCAACCCGACACCAGAUACUCUGUACAAGUGGCCGCUCUGACAAGAAAGGGAGACGGCGAUCGUUCGCCACCGGUUCACGUCAGAACUCCCGGAGGUGUGCCCAACAGGCCUCACGUUAACGUAAAAGUUUUGUCCCGAGAUCCCGAGUUGCUGGAGCUCGAAUGGUCGCAACCCACGCAAACGUACGGCGAUCUAUUGGGGUACAGGAUAAGGUACGGGAUUAAGAAUCAAACGUUGAAGGAGGAGUUUAUACAAGAUAUUCACCAACACACGUAUAAAAUCACCGAUCUCGGGGAGAGAGGCGUGGAUUACGAGUUCAGAGUGGCCGGGCAGAACGCGAUCGGGUUCGGCCAGGAGACCGUGCGAUACUGGUUCAGCCCCGAAGGAUUACCCACCGGCGCCCCGACCAAUUUAUCCUACUUCUUCCAAACACCGGACACCGUGUGCGUAACGUGGGACAUGCCUCUCCGAGAGCACAGGAACGGCCAGAUAAUCGGCUACGACGUUCAAUUCAACAAGAAGAACGAUCACUCGACCACGAUUAACCGGAACACGACGAAGACUAGGGCGGUUUUCACGAACCUGGAGGAGAACACCGAGUACGUGUUCCACGUGAUCGCGCGGACGUCGAGAGGGAGCGGCCCGAUCUCCGAGAAGAUCACGAUCGUGACCGAGAAGGACAUGGGCCGUGCACCCAUGUCGGUGAAGGCGGUGGCAACCUCGGACACGAGCGUGGAGGUUUGGUGGGAGCCGGUCCCCAACCGCGGCAAGAUCCUCGGUUACCAGAUAUUCUACACGACGACCGCGGUCGAGGAUCUGGACGAGUGGAAGCAAAAGACUAUCGGCCUCACCGAGUCCGCGGAUCUGGUCAAUUUGGAGAAAUUCACCCAGUACGCGAUCACCGUGGCGGCCAGGUACAAGACCGGUUUGGGAAGGCUCAGCGAGAAGGUGACGGUUAAGGUGAAGCCGGAAGACGUCCCCCUGGAUCUGAGGGCGCCCGACUCGUCCACCCAUUCGAUGACCCUCUCCUGGAAACCGCCAAUAAGAUUGAACCCGAUGAACUACAAGGUGUCGUUCGACGCCGUGAAAGAGUUCGUGGACUCGCAGGGCAUCACGCAAACCCAGAUCGUGCCUCGUAGGCAGAUCCUGUUGGACCCUACGGUGACCACAACCACGAUAAACGAGUUGCAACCGUUCACCACGUACAACGUGAACGUGAGCGCGGUGCCGCGGGACGGGCAGUACAGGCCACCGGCGAAAAUCACCAUCACCACGCAAAUGGCAGCCCCGAAGCCGAUGGUGAAGCCGGAUUUCUACGGGGUGGUGAACGGCGAGGAGAUCCAAGUGAUACUGCCACAGGCCUCAGAGGAGUACGGGCCGAUCUCCCACUAUUACUUGAUCGUGGUGCCCGAGGACAAGUCGACUGCCGAGAAGCAGCCCGACGAGCUCACCGAGGACAUGAUCGCGGGCAAGGGGGCCAAGCAGGAGAGGGAGAACGCCCCGUACAUCGCGGCCAAAUUUCCGCACAGGGAUAUCCCGUACACGUUCCAUCUUGGCAGCGGAGAUAUAUACGACGGUUACGAGAAUCGUAGACUCGAGAAGAACAAACGGUACAGGAUUUUCGUUCGCGCCGUGGUCGAUACGCCGAGAAAGCAUUUGUACACCUCGUCGCCUUUCUCCGAAUACUUGUCCCUCGAUAUGAGGGAAGUACCGCCGGGCGAGCCGCCUCGACGUCCCAAUCCCAACACCCCGGUCGAUGGAAAUCCGGAAGUGUCCGUGAAAACGAGCGGACAGGAGCCGGGGAUGGUGUGGGUGGUCGGGCCGAUAAUAGCCGCUUUGAUGGUCAGCGUGUUCCUCGUCCUUCUUUUCGUCAUUAAAAAACGAAGGCAACCCUGCAAGACACCGGAUCAGGCGGCCGUCACUCGGCCAUUGAUACCUGCCGACAUCAGCUCGAAUCACGCCCCAUCCGACCCGGUCGAAAUGCGGCGUUUAAAUUUCCAAACGCCCGGCAUGGUGUCCCAUCCACCGAUCCCGAUCACCGAGCUGGGCAAUCACAUCGAGCGGCUGAAAGCGAACGACAAUCUGAAGUUCAGUCAGGAGUACGAGUCGAUCGAGCCCGGCCAGCAAUUCACGUGGGACCACUCGAACAUGGAGGUGAACGCCUCGAAGAAUCGUUACGCGAACGUGAUCGCGUACGACCAUUCGAGGGUGAUUCUCCAAACUAUCGACGGUAUGUCGGGUACGGAUUACAUAAACGCCAAUUACUGCGACGGAUAUAGGAAGCAGAACGCGUACGUGGCCACCCAAGGCCCCCUCCAGGAAACGUUCGGGGAUUUCUGGAGGAUGUGUUGGGAGCUGAGGUCGAGCACGAUCGUGAUGAUGACGAAGCUGGAGGAGAGGACGAGGAUAAAGUGCGACCAGUAUUGGCCGAGCAGAGGGUCCGAGACUUACGGUUUGAUGACGGUCACCAUCACCGACGUUCAAGAGCUCGCCACCUAUUGCAUCCGAACCUUUCAAAUAUCCCGAGCCGGCUACUCCGAGAGGCGGGAGAUGAAGCAAUUGCAAUUCACCGCUUGGCCGGACCACGGCGUGCCCGAGCAUCCCGCGCCGUUCCUCCAAUUCUUGCGCAGGGUCAGGUCGUUGAAUCCGCCCGACAGCGGCCCGUUGAUCGUGCACUGCAGCGCGGGCGUCGGGCGGACCGGUUGCUUCAUCGUAAUCGACUCGAUGCUCGAGAGGAUCAAACACGAAAAGAUGAUCGACAUAUACGGCCACGUAACUUGUUUACGCGCUCAAAGGAACUACAUGGUCCAGACCGAGGACCAAUACAUAUUUAUCCACGACGCGCUUUACGAGGCCGUGAUUUGCGGCAACACCGAGGUACCUGCUAGAAACUUGCACUCCCAUAUCCAGAAAUUGAUGCAGCCCGAGAUCGAGAGUAUCACGGGAAUGGAGUUGGAGUUCAAAAAAUUGUCCAACAUCAAAGUGGACUCGUCCCGGUUCAUCUCGGCCAAUCUUCCCUGCAACAAACACAAAAAUCGAUUGGUACACAUUCUGCCGUACGAGUGCACCAGAGUUUGCUUGCAACCGCAACGGAACAUCGAAGGAUCCGAUUACAUAAACGCCAGCCUGAUCGACGGGUAUCGGUACCGAGGCGCCUACAUAGCCACUCAGGGACCCCUUUGCGACACGACCGACGAUUUUUGGCGAAUGCUCUGGGAGCACAAUUCCACCAUAGUUGUCAUGUUGACGAAAUUGAAGGAGAUGGGGAGGGAGAAGUGCCAUCAAUAUUGGCCGUCGGACAGGUCGAUUCGUUAUCAAUGCUUCGUCGUCGACCCGAUCGCCGAGUACAACAUGCCCCAGUACAUCCUCCGAGAGUUCAAGGUGACGGAUGCGCGAGACGGGGCGAGCCGUACCGUCAGACAGUUCCAGUUCAUCGAUUGGCCCGAGCAGGGUGUCCCGAAGUCCGGGGACGGGUUCAUCGACUUCAUCGGACAAGUGCACAAAACGAAGGAGCAGUUCGGCCAGGACGGCCCGAUCACCGUGCAUUGCAGCGCUGGCGUUGGGAGAACCGGCGUUUUCAUCACUCUCAGCAUCGUGUUGGAACGCAUGCAGUACGAAGGGGUGGUCGAUAUUUUCCAAACAGUGAGAAUAUUGCGCACGCAACGACCAGCCAUGGUUCAAACCGAGGACCAAUAUCAAUUCUGUUAUCGCGCCAGUUUGGAAUAUUUGGGUUCUUUCGAUCAUUACGCCAACUGACAACCCGAUACUCGCGAGGAAAGGGAAUCGACGAGGGACAGAAGAGAUCGGCAAAGGAACGAGAGAGACGGUGAACGGGCAAAAGUGCGCCGCGUUUAAUUAACGAUUGAUUAAAAUACUUGAGAAAAAGUAUGUAAGUUUGUAAGUAUAUAAAGCCUGUACCAUGUUCCCACGGGCAAAACGUACUAUACGUAGUACCUUCCGAUGACAAAUACAAGUAGUAGAAAGGCGAUAAAUUAUUAAUCUGUCGAGCAACUAACAACGUAGUAACCAAAUAUCUUAUAGUCAAUGGUGUCGCAACAAUCUCGAGAUACGCGGAAACGUUUCGCUUUUAUAUCGGCGCGGUAUCGUGCUGUGCCACGAUUUCCAAAAUUUCAAAAAUUCCCAAAUAAGAGGAGAAGAAAAAAGAUGAAAAGCCGUUUGGAAUUAUAAACGGCGUGGAAUCAAAUAUUUGUACGAAAAAACAAUCAUAUUUGAGUAGAGAUAAUCCUCGCAACAAAUUAUUUUAACACCGAUUUUAUGGUUGGAAAAAAUGAAAUAAUACACACUCGCAAAGUAACUUACAUACGUAAGUACUUAUUUGUAUACACCGUGUACGUACGCGUAAACAUUAAAUAUUCCCGAAUCGAUAGAAAUCGAAGAAAAAUCGGACGAAGAAUUUGAUUGGAAAAAAAUUCGGAAAAAAUCGUGAUUGAAAGUUCGAUCGAUUAAAACAUAUCCAAACUUCGGGAGAGAUUUCGAAAGAUUACACAUCUCGCGCGAGAUCUCUCGAAACAUUUCACAUUUACGCAUUUGCUUUUAAACGAGACUAACGAUAAGAAUAAGCGAGAGACAAACCGACGAGCAUUAUUAUUUUAUUACGAUCGUGCGUUUUACUCCCGAUCACCGUUCACGGUAUUUCGUUCUACGUAGUUGAAAACAGUUGAAACUUUCUUGUUCGUUUCGGAGAAGAGACAAGUGCUUCCAUAUUACUGGGAAUGAAAAAUUUUAAAAAGGAAUUACUCUAGUAAGGCAACUACGAAGGCGUAUUAACGCGUUCGAUCGCGAACGAUAAAGAAGCUGAGAAGAAAGCAUGCGUGGCACGUUCCAAAAGUACUUAUGGAUGCGACACAAAACAUAUCGAGAAAUCUGGAAGAAAUAGCGAAAAUAUUGGUACUUUAACGAGGAAAGAUAAAUUUCUCAAUGAGACGUAAAUUUCCGCCGAGCUACGAGAAAAUUACCAUACUGCCAAAUCGACAAUUAUUCAUGCUGAAUCCAUUACGCACGAUAGGGAUCUUCUCAUUACCUAUUAUAAUUUUAAGUAAUAUCGUAAGGCGAUUGUUCUAAGAUUAGUUUGUAAGCGAUGCCAUUAGAAAAAAAGGAGAGAAAAAAAAAAAAAAAAUAAUGCGAGUGUAUCGAAUGAAGGAAGUAUGAAAGGAAAUGAAAGGAAACGGUGCCUAUAUUCGAUUAAAAUGCACAAAAGAUAUUGUGCAGGUUUCUACGCGAACUAAUUUAAUUAACUAGAAGCACUGUAUGUCGGAUUUGCGUAUCCAUAUUCCAUCGAACCCUCGAUACCCUUUGUGUACAAAUCUCCAUUUUAGGCUUCUACAUUUUUUUACAAUUUUCCCGGCUGUUAAACUAUCCAAACGCGCAAUUUUUCCAAAAAUCUGAAUUGUUCUUAACUCGGUUCUCGAUCAAAACCGAAUCUAUUCGCUAAAUCCUGAUAUAAAUUACACUCGUUUCUGAUAUAAAAAAGAAAAAAAAAAUCGCAUUGCGUUGUUGUAAAAUCUAAGAAAAGUCAACGAAACUUCGUAUACACAUGUACGUUGGAUCAUCAUCCCCGGCACGGACAACGCGCCAAAUCAAUGCCAAAAACAGUUGUUAAUUGUGCAUCGUGAUCGAUCCUAUGCUUCGUAAUCCUUUUUCACAACGAUACGAAUUUUCGAGAUAUAUAUAUACAUAUAUAUACUAUUUGCGAUUCAAAGAUUUACAAAUGAAUAGUCUAUGAGGACAAUAAACAUGUAUUUGUUUAUAUACUUUCUAUAUUUCGAAAUUUCUCAUGAUAUCGUUCGGCUGAAUAGAAAUCGUUCUAUCGCUGUUCGAUAAUGGUAGAGCAAAAAAAAUUCUAUUUAUAAAAAUAUAGAAUACAUGUGUGUGUGUUUGCACGAAUACCGUAACGAAUAAUUAUACUCAUAGGAACGAAUGAGACGUCUCUUUUCGUUUUUGGCAUUUUUUUGGCUUCAAUCCUGUUUCUCUGUAAUACGAUAAUAUCUGGACUUUAUUGUUGUUUUGUUGCAUAUUAGAAUUUAACGAGCGAAACAAGAAAAAAAAACAAAUGAAAAAAGAAAGAGGAAAAAAAGAACGAGGAAAGAAAAGAAAUCGUCAUACAAUUUACAUUCAAUUGUUUAGAUAAUUUUCAAUUCGAAAAUUUCAUAACGUUUCAUAAUCGAGCAUUCAACGUAUAUAUUUUAUGUUAAAAGUGGUUCUCGAGGGUCAGGAAUUGUGACUAAUGUGUACAUAAAUGCACCGUUUGUCAUUAAUAACAUUAUAUAAAUAUAAAUAUAAAUAUAACUAUAAAUAUGAAUAUAAAUAUAAAUAUACAUAAGUAAAAUGAUAAAUAAUAUAUACAUAGAUAUAUAUUAUAAAUAUCAUAAUUGAAGAGAGUACGCAUUUAAAAAAAAGCUGUGGAUAUUUUCUAGACUGUCAAGAUCAACUUUUCUUUUUUCCUCAUCGUUAUUACACUUUUCAAUACUAUUAACGCAUUUUACUUUUGAUACUGUUUUUAGUUUUGAUAUUGUUUUUCAUCAUAUUUUUAUAGUUUUUUUUUCACGCAACUUUAACUUGCUUAAUUGUCUUUUUUUUUUUUUUUUUUUUUUUUUUAUAUAUACGACAUUUACAUUGAAGACUAAUUAAAUCUAUUAUUUCGAAACAUGCGUUUAAUCGUAUCUCAUCUCGUUUUUAUUUGACGUUGUAAGACUGAAGGCCAUUGCGUCUCUUAAUAUAUUAUCGUGUACGUGUAUUUUUCGGUACUUUUAAAAGUACUUAAACCACCUCGGUCGAUCUUUUCGAAAGAUUAUAUAAUACUAUAUUUAAUCUUAGUAUCUCUCUCAUUGUCCGUUGAAAUUUCGAGAUUUCACCGAGUGUUCCGUUCUUGUGUAGAUUUAUACGCGCAUCCGUACUGACAUAUUUUCUUUUCUAACUUUUUUUUCGCUUCAAAAUAUAUCAUCAAAUUCGUUCCUCCAUUGAUAUUCGAUUAUUACACAUUAUUGGCCUUUGGUACGAGCAUAAAAAUUACACUCGAAAUAAUUUUAUUUUUAUAAUUAUUUUUUUUAUAUUAGACUACAUUUACUACGUGUACAUUAUUACAUUUCUUCAUCCUCUUUUUUCAUUAUUCUUCCUACCUCUUCUCCUUGCCUCGCCCCCUCCCCUCCCCUCCCCUCCUCUCUCCCUUCUCAUUUUAAUAUCUUAUAUAAUUCGCGAUAUCGUGUUUCUACUCGGAAUAUGAAUUCCGUUGUUGCUACGUUGACAAUGAAGAGACACGAAACGACUGUUAUUCAGUAAAUCAAAUCAACAUUAAGCAAUUCUUCGAAUAAUUUCUCUCUCGAAUAAAAAUUUGCCAUUGUUAAAAAGUACGAUUAAUAUAGAAACUUAUUGAUGAAAUCAACUUGUUACUUAGUACGUGGUACGAAAUUCAUCACUGAAAAGUCUGAGAAAUUAAAAGUACAGGAAAAAAAAAAAAAAAAAAAAAAAAAAGAAAUAGACAUAUUUCCUCGAACGGCAACAAUACAAGAAACUGUAAGAACUAACUAUUUGUACAAAGUUAAAGGGGAAAAAAAAAAAAAGGAGAAAACAAUUUUAGUUCAAAUAAUCUAUUCGUGGAAUAAGCGAAAUAAACUUUGAUAGCUUUGAUACAAUAAUUUUAAUAUCAUUGAUGAGGUUGUUAUUCUUCGAUUAAAUCUUUAAUUGCAUACACACACAAAUACAUGUAUGGAAAAAAUUAAGAAAAAAAAAAAAAAAAGAAAGAGAGAAGAAAUAUAAUUCUGCACAAAAUGCAGUUUCGCCAAGUCGGUCGACAACUUCGCGUUCAAAGUUCCAGACUAAAAUACAAUAUGUUACGGGAAACGAAAAGUUAAAUGAUUGUAUAAACAUAUUACUAGUUAUAAGUUAGUAGCAUUAAAUUGUAUUCGAUGAAUUUACCAAUUCAAAAAAGUCCACGAUAUUCAUAUAUUUAUAAGAUAACGAUCGUAACGUUAUUUACGUUCUUUUGUAUCAUUCCAAAAGUUUUGUGUAUGUUGUACGUUAGUUGCGUGUCUAUUGUUAGUGUUUAUAAUUUUUUAUAUCCCAGAGUGUAUAGCAAUAUGUGGUUUGUUGUAUUCUUCUUCUUCUUAAAAAGCAUGCAACUCGUAUUUUCGGAGCAAUCUUUCCUAAUACAACAAAAUACAAUCGGCCAUUAUCGCUCCGUGCAAUACCGAGACGAGUUUGUUACACUGUGCGUAAGAUCAUCUCGAGUUCAUACAUUCGGAUAAGAUUGUAGUCGUAACGAUUACAGUCCGAUUUAAUUCCGAGAGAAAUAUGAAUUAAAGAAACAAAGAAUAAGUCAAAUAUUAAAUAUCGUUGAAAGAAUGGGAAAUUAUUUUGUGAUACUUUCUUGCCAGAAAGAAUACAACAGGCUGAAGUGAAUAUAAUAAAUGCAAUGUUACUGAUUAACACCUAUACAAAUUAAAUAUUGUGUAAUAGAAAG